GACCUCGGCCUGCGGGCAAGCUGAAAAUUUGAGAACUGCUCCUGCAGAGACACUAAAGGACCUGCUCGAAGGAAAACGCUCCAGCCUCCUUGAUGCACGCAACUGAUGCACGUUCUGGCCUCCUGCCAGGCACCAAGACUCUGAGACACCAAGCAACUUGCUGAAGAUCACACGGCUGCACACAAAAUGGAUGAGCUGUAGGGUCAUGAAGGCUUCCACCUAAAACUCAAAGCAGGCCCUGGAAGACCAGGCAGUGUGUGACAGGGAGGAGAAUCCCUGCAGGCAGCUCCAGAGAGGGCAAUAUCUGAGGUGUCCUGUGAGUUCCAGGACAGCCAAGGCUAACUAACACAAAGAAAGUCUGUCUCAAAAAACCAACAAAAACAAAACAGAACAAAAGACAAACAAACACCAAACCGAAACAACAAUAACAACAACAAAAACAGCAAAAGACUCCAGAGACUCUUGAAGAUAUACUAAGUAUAUUUUUCAUUGUAAGGUCCCCAGCAUGGAAACUGCCUACCUGAAGAAGUGCUUUGGAAACUCCCUGACCCAGGCACUGGCAGAGGUGGCAAGAGUUCGGCCCAGUGACCCAAUAGAGUACCUGGCUCACUGGCUUUACCAUUACAGGAAUAUAACUACAGCUGAAGCAAAGAGAAGGCAAGAGGAGCUACAGCUUAAGGAAGCGUAUGACAAAAGCUCUGAGGAAGCAAAACCAACAGAAAUGCUGACAGAAGAAGGCCAUCUGAUUCAGCAGAAGUGCGAAAAGUGUCACCAGGAACUGCCCUCAACUGCUCUUUCCUCAGACAAGACCCCAGCUCUGCAGGAAGACUCGGCACUCCUUGAGGAGAAGACUAUGAGGCAGGAAUCUCAACCAGGUGUCUCACAUGUGAUUUCUGAUAUGCCUCAACGGGCUAUUCCCUCAUAAAAAAAAAAAAAAGUGGCCUACAAGAGGAGUGCUCAUCUCAUCUAAGACUUAGGAGACGAAGAAGGAGGAUCUGCAGAGUCUCUAGUCUGCUACCCAUAACUACCUUUAAUCAUGUGAAGUUUUGAAUUAGCUGUUAGAGAAAAGUGAACUCAGAACAAGAAUUAAAAACAAUAAGUCAUCAAACUGGUAAGGUCUUUUUCUCCUGACAUUACAGAGUGAGAACACACCCCUCUACUGUACUCACCUUAACUUUAGCUAUGGUUUGCUGUCAGGGCUCUGGUAAUCAUUACUGAUGUCCUGGAGGAUGCUAGUGGCACUAAUAACAGAUGUUUUUCUUCACUCUACGUCACCAUUUUUUAAAAAAUAUGUUUCCAUUUUUGUUAAUAAAACAUAUGACAUAAAAUUUA